AUGUCUUUCACAGGCAAAUAUGUGCUGGCGAGUCAGGAGAACUACAAAGAGUUUCUGCAGGCUAUCGGGGUAACCCAGAUGGAGAUACCAAAUGAAGACAUGGUAACAGACCUCUACGAGGGUGCUUACUACAGGAUUACCAAGUAUUUUGGGAGUCAAACUCUGAGCAACACAUUCUUGCUCGGCAGGGAGGGUGAACUGGAAGAUCUGGAUGGCACAACCUUCAUGACCACCGUCAAUAAGGAGGGAAAUAAAAUCAAGAUCCAGUUCCCCAAAUAUGUGUACACUGCUGAGAUAUCUGGUGACCAACUCAUCGAGGUCAAUUCCAUUUCGGGUGGGAUUACCAACAAAAUGGUUAGCAAGAGGCAACCAGAGUAA